GUUCAUUCUCCUCGGAGCUAGCUUCAACGUUUUCAAGCUUAUAAUAAACAACAACUAUCUUGCCCACCGGUAAUCAGGUAUCCCUUGUGUUCUUCCCAUACUCGAAAUCCGCCAUGCUCGUUGAACUAGGACUGACAGCAGGUCUCCUCACUGCCGUGGCUGCGGAGACAGUUCACGGUGUCGUAGCUUUCACUCGACAUGGUGACCGUACCACUCGCAUGUUCCCUGGCUACCAUCUGACCAAGUUGGGGGCGCAACAAGCGUACAAUUCGGGUCAAUUCUACCGUCAGAGAUAUGUGGCGGAAAAUGCCAGCUUUCACAUCGCCGGCAUCGAGCCUGAUGAGGUCAAUAGCCGACAAAUCUGGGCCAGUGCCCCCAAUCAAGGUCUACUCUUCCAGACUGCCACCAACUUCCUCCAAGGUCUCUACCCUCCCUUGAGCGAACUGGAUGAGUCCAUUGCGACUGAGACCUUGACCAACGGAACCGACUACACCGGCCCACUGGACAGCUACCAGUUCAUCCUGAUCCAGGGCCAGCCGGCAACCAAUCAAGACACCAUCUGGAUCAAGGGAGACGACAAUUGCCCAGUCCAUAUUGCUUCCCAGAAGUCGUACCUCAAAACCCCCGAGUACCAGGCCACCUUCGACGAUACGUUGGAAUUCUAUCAACAGUUCGUGCCUUUGCUGGGUCACAUCCUCGGUGACGAUGAGGUCACCUACGAGAAUGCCUACGAGGUUUUCGAUUUGAUGAAUGUAGCAUCCAUUCACAAUGAGUCUAUUGCCGGUGAAAUUGACCCGGCUGACCUCGAUCGACUCCGCUAUUUGGCCGACGCCUGGGAGUACAAUACCAACUUCAACGCCUCUGAGCCUGCACGUAUGAUUGGUGCCAAGACCCUGAUGGGCGGCAUCCUGCGCCAGAUGAACACCACCGUUGCAUCGAGCGGUCGCAACAACAAGUUCCAGCUCUUCUCCGGCUCUUAUGACACCUUUAUCUCCUUCUUUGGCCUCACUAACCUGACCUCGGUCGACCCCGACUUCUACGGUCUGCCCGACUAUGCCUCGACCAUUGCCUUCGAGCUGUUCACCGAAGAAGGUGACAGUGACAACCCAGCAGACUUCCCCUCGGCAGAUGCUGUCAACGAGAACCUGCAGGUCCGCUUCCUCUUCCGCAAUGGAACCGAUGGUGGUGAAGAACUCAACGCAUUCCCAUUGUUUGGCGAGGCUGACCUUGCCAUGCCCUACGGACAAUUCAGAGAGCGUAUGGAGUCUAUCGCCAUUAACUCGGUUGGGGAAUGGUGCAACGUGUGCGGUUCUUCCCAGGAUUUCUGUAUGGCGGCCAACGAGACAUAUUCAGGAUCGAGUGCCUCGACAUCGAGCAGUUCAUCUGGUCUGUCCAAUGCCGCUGCUGGAGGUAUUGGUGCCGCUGUUACUCUGGCCGUGGUUGGUCUGGUCGGGGCUGUGAUCUAUUUGCUUUACCGUUCGCGACGGAAGAAUCAGGCCGAGGCAUCUGCGGCGCGCGUGGCGACUGAAAAGCUCGAUGACAGUGACUCUGUUUGAGAUGCUCCGGCCUGAAAACAAAAGCACAGCUGUCCCAGCUGACUUGUCUAGGAACUCACUCACCUCACUGGUCAGCGGCCAAAAGGCAAUGCCAGUUACAGCUCCGGUCCAUUCAGCGAAUUAUACUCACACAGAUAAUGACAACACGCUGCGCUUUUUCUUAGUAAAAUUGUUUCAAGAAGCGGACGCACAAUGUCUCUUGUUUAUGUUUAUAAUGUGAAAGUGGUACAAGGGGAAAGGUUGGAGGCAGGAGGCAGGAGCGUACGGUGUCUGUUAUACAUUCACAAUAGGCUUGUCAAACAGACAAUGUUGGACUGUGUAGGAGCACCUGUUCAUAAAGAACGUCCAAAGUGAA